GGGGUUCACCAAGUGGCAAUGCAUCUGCAGAAAAUGACUGUUUGGCGCGGAUUUUCGGAUGGAGGCGUGAUUGGUCCGUAUUUUUUCGAAAGCGAUAAUGGUGUGGCCGUCCCGCCAAAGGACGCAGCUACGUGCCACACUGCACACUCUACGAUGGAUGUUCUGCAAGAGCAAUUACCGGACAUGGUCCCCUGGAAUUUUUCUUGUGGGGUUUGCUUAAGUCGCAGGUCUAUGCCAACCCGGUGCCCUCAAUGUCAAUAUACACCACACCAUCGAUCAAAUACGGCCCGAUCGGCCCACAGUCAUCGAAAAUUGCACAAACCGAAGCCGUGGCGGUCAUUUGAAUGAUGUCAUAUUCCAUACAUCAUGUAAUCGAUAAACCUUUCAAAUAAAAAAAAAUUUUGCAAAUCUUUCUUCUACGCGUAUUUUACCUACUAUUAACUA